AUGUCUACCCCCAAGCUGCUAUUUCUUCAUGGGUUCCUCCAGAACGCCAAAGUCUUCUCUGAAAAGUCCUCUGGUAUCAGAAAGCUUCUCAAGAAGGCCGGCGUGCAAUGCGACUACAUCGACGGACCCGUCGAACUCGAGAAGAAAGACCUUCCCUUCGAGAUGGACGACGAAAAAUGGCAAGCCACCGUUGCUGCACAGGUUAACCGUGCGUGGUUCUUCCACAGCGAGAUUUCGAAGGAGCUCGAUCUCACGGACGCUUUGAAGACGGUCUCGGACUACAUCAAGGAAAACGGGCCUUACGACGGUAUUGUGGGUUUCUCGCAAGGUGCUGCGGUCUCUGCGAUUGUCACCAACAGAAUCACCGAGCUUGUUCCAGGUCACCCACAAUUCAAGGUCAGUCUGGUGUUCUCCGGGUAUUCGUUCACGGAGCCAGACCCAGACCACGCAGGCCAAUUGCGCAUUACUGAAAAGUUCCAACGCGACUUCACUCCAAUGUCCGAUCGCACCACCAAGAUGUUGUUCGUGUACGGCGCUGCAGACGCAGCUGUGCCCGCUGAGCGCUCCAAAUACCUAUUGAGCUUGUACGGCGGCGAGGGCGCGGACGUCCACGCCUACGAACACCCUGGUGGCCACAUGGUGCCUAACAAGAAGGACAUAUUGAGACCAAUCGUCGAAGAAAUCACCUCUUCCGUGAGUGCAUGA